AUGUCACCCCUCACAUCAAGCCUCACCUCAACACCACCACCACCACCACCAGACGCCACAAUCAACCUCGCAGCCCACUACCUAACCACCUACCGCUCCAUCUUCUACCACGCCCUUUACGACACCCCCAACAAAGUCCAACCGUUCCUCAUCCCCUUUUGCCUCGUCGGCGCCUUUCUCUUACCCAUUGCGUUUCUCUGCAUCCCGCAGUACACCAUCAAAACCACCACCACCGGGGAGAAAAACCAACAAGUAAGGGUCCGAAGGGAAUGGGUCCAUCGGCUGCGAUGGGUCGUGGGGGGUCUGCUUGUCUGGUGGAAUUUGGGGGUGGUGGUUGGGUUGCCUGGUUUUGGAGGGCCGUCAACGGAAAGAGGAGAGGGAUGGUUCACGCCGGGCACAACAACAACGGCAAGCGCUUGUACGGCUUUGUCGUAUGCGGCUGGCUUGAUGGGUGGGUGGGGAACGAUUUGGGGGUUGGAGACGGUGGUGUUUGGGGGGUAUCAGGGUGUGGCGAUGAGGGUUAGGAGGAGGUUGAAGAAUGAUCAUGGUGGUGGUGGACAGCCAACUCGGACUCAGACUCAGGGAGAGAAGGGUGGUAUUGUGAAUGGGAACACGAACAUCAGUGGAAACGGCAACGGCAACAGCAAUCCUGAUACAGCAAACUUGCGGCGAAGAAACCUCAACGGGAGUGCCAAGGUUGCUUCAUCGGCUUCUACCGAUACCGAGACACAAAGUCCAGGCGAAAAUGAACACAAGGAAAAGGAAAAGACAUGGAUGGUAGACGAAACGAUCGACCUCGACAAGUACGAGUACUACUGGGAGCCGUACCCGGACAACGGCACCAUUUGGGAGAGGCUCGAUUGGGUCAUGGACAUGUUUAAUUCCUUCCGGGGUGCUGGCUGGAACUACUCCAUUUCAUCCAUCCCCUCUCUCCAACCGCCCGUUAUCCCCCCUUUACCAGAAUCCACCACCACCACCACCUCUCCGGUUUCCUCCCAUUCAGAAAUCCUUCCCUACUUCCCAACCGGCCUCCCCGUCUCCUUCGCCAGCCUCCCCGUCUCAUCCCACCAACACUUCCACCGCCCCCUCACCGCCCGCUCCUUCCUCCUCUCUCGUCUCCAGCACAUAAUCUGGUCCUACCUCGCCCUCGACUUCUUCACCGUCUCCGCCCGGUUAGACCCCUACUUCAUUCUCGGCCCCAACGGUCCCCUCCGUCAUCCCACCUACCUCUCCUCUCUCGCUUCCUCUUCCUCUUCUUCCUCUUCUUCUACUACUCUCCCACCUUUAUCCCUCGCCUGCGCACGCUUCUUAGCAAGCCUACCGCCCUGGGGCCUCAACUUCUUCCGAAGCUUAUUUUCUUUAAGCGGCGUACUAGGCGGCUUGAUUCUAUACAGCUACCUCUGGCAAUUAACCCAGUUUUUCGUCUUGGGACGGUGGUUAAGACUGGAAAGCCACGGGAUGGGGAUCCUAGAUGAGUUGUGGCGGUAUCCGGAUCUGUUUGGGGGGUUUGUGAGGAACGUGCUGGAUCGGGGACUAGCUGGGUUUUGGGGCGGGUGGUGGCAUCAGAGUUUCCGAGUCGGGUUUACGGGGCCGGUGAGGUUUUUUUUGGUUAAGCAAGGGGGGGGUUUUGGCGGAGGAAAGAUAGUGGGAACGGUGGACGAAAAAGGAAAGAAGAAGAAGAAGAACAGUACUAAAAAAGGGGUAGCCAUGACGGUACAAAUGGCCACCGCCUUUUUCCUCAGCGGCUUUCUGCACGCCCUCGGCGGUUAUUCAUCCACCGCCUUCCGCAUCAGUUUCGCAGGGCAAGAUCUCCUAACAGGCGACAAACGAAACAGACUAGCGGGCUUUGCUGAACCCGUCGGGUUUUUUGUUUUUCAGUUUUUGGGGUGCCUGGUCCAAGCCCUUCUCAUCGCCAUCAUCAAUAACAGAGUCGCCGCCCCCACUCGAGAGAUGCCAAGGUGGUUGAAAAGAACAGGAAACGGCCUUUUCGUGCUGCUGUGGCUGCAUUCAACUAGAUGGAUGUUGAUUGACGACAUGGCAAGAUCCGGACUAUUCCUGUAUGAACCAGUGCCCGUUUCGCUGUUUAGGUUGUUGGGGCUGGGAGGGAUGCCGGGUGAAGGGAGAAGGGAUUGGUGGAGGUUGGAUUGGGAGUAUGUGCCUAGUUUGUGGUUGGGGAGUAGGUGGUGGGAGAAGGGGUUUAGGAUGUGA